AUGGCUUUCCUCUCGCGCCUGGCGCGGCAGGUUCAAGGCCUUUUUUCUUCGCCGAGGACGCUCGCCAGAUUCCCCCGAUCGAUAAAUACGGAUUUCUCCGUCUUCCAAGAGGGCGACCGAGUGUUUAUUCAAGGCAAGAGUCCGACAUUGACAAAACCGUUGGCCAGAGGCCAAAAAACAGAUCUGCGGCAAGGGAAGCUAUACCAUGACCAGAUUAUUGGCAGGAAGGUACGAGAGUCAGUACAAGCCCAUAAAGGUCCAGAGUACCGCCUCAGUCUUCCUACGUUAGAAGAGUACAUCACCCUCACUCCUCGCCUGGUCACGCCGAUAUACCCGGCGGAUGCCAAUCUGAUCGUCUCUUUUCUUGACAUCCACAUCCCUCCUGCCGCAACUGCAGAGGGCGACGCCGCACAGCAGCCGCCGCUGGAGAUUCUGGAAUCCGGCACCGGGCACGGCUCGCUGACUCUCCACCUGGCCCGCGCGAUCCAAGCCGCGAACCCAUCCCCGCCGCCUGUGCCGGCAGGUUCGCAAGUACAGUACGUGGGAGACCGGCCGAUCCAACCGGAGGAGACGGCAGCAGAAAAGGAGAAAACACCGGAGAGUGCAGAAGACGGUCAGCACGCCGUGCGCCAGGAGCAGCAAGAGCAGUGGAACACUUGGCGUGCACAGCGUAAUGCGGUGAUUCACUCGGUGGACAUCUCGGGAAAGUACUCUACCCACGCGGAGAAGAUCGUGCGCGGGUUUCGCCGGGGCAUCUACGCCGGCAAUGUCGAUUUCUACGUGGGCCACGUCGAGCGCUGGAUCGCGGAGCAGACGGCGCGCCGCCAGCAGGACCGCGCGUUCAACUUUGGGCCCCUCGAACCUUUCCUCUCGCAUGCCAUCCUAGACAUGCCAUCGGCACAUCUGCGUCUCCCGCACGUCUGCCCCGUGCUGAAGCAGGGAGGACUUCUCGUCGUGUUCAUGCCCAGCGUGACGCAGAUCGGCGACUGCAUGGACCUCAUCCGGCGGCAAAGCCUGCCGCUCGUCAUGGACAAAGUGGUCGAGCUUGGCACGGGGAUCAGCAGCGGUCGCAUGUGGGACUUGCGCCAUGCCGUGAGAAAGUCGCGGGUAGAGGAGCCGUCCUUGGAGACAGCCUCGGAGACAGCCUCGGAGACGGCUCUGGAGACACCUCUGGAGACGGCCUCUGGAAAAGAACCUCAGUCUGGGAGUAGCAAUCAAGAUGUCCAAAAUGCCCCGGGCUCGCAAGAAGACACGGUGCUCGUGUGCAGGCCCAAGGUCGGCGCACGCGUCGUGGGCGGAGGGUUUGUUGGGAUCUGGAGGCGGACUGCCUAG